UCCUCUUCCUCGGCGAGGCGCUCCUCCAGCAGCCAGGCAGCAUGGCGGCCGUGGAGACACGGGUGUGCGAGACGGACGGCUGCAGCAGCGAGGCUAAGCUCCAGUGUCCCACCUGCAUCAAGCUGGGCAUCCAGGGCUCGUACUUCUGCUCCCAGGAAUGUUUUAAAGGAAGUUGGGCUACUCACAAGUUACUACAUAAGAAAGCAAAAGAUGAAAAGGCAAAGCGAGAAGUGUCUUCCUGGACCCUAGAAGGUGAUAUUAACACUGACCCAUGGGCAGGUUAUCGAUACACUGGUAAACUCCGACCACAUUAUCCACUGAUGCCAACAAGGCCCGUGCCAAGUUAUAUUCAACGACCAGAUUAUGCUGAUCACCCUUUAGGAAUGUCUGAAUCUGAACAGGCUCUUAAAGGUACUUCUCAAAUUAAAUUGCUCUCAUCUGAAGAUAUAGAAGGGAUGCGACUCGUAUGUAGGCUUGCUAGAGAAGUACUGGACAUUGCUGCUGGGAUGAUUAAACCAGGUGUAACUACUGAAGAAAUAGAUCAUGCUGUACACUUAGCAUGCAUUGCAAGAAAUUGCUAUCCUUCUCCCUUGAAUUAUUAUAAUUUCCCGAAGUCCUGUUGUACUUCAGUGAAUGAAGUGAUCUGUCAUGGAAUUCCAGACAGACGGCCCUUGCAAGAAGGUGAUAUUGUUAAUGUGGACAUCACUCUUUAUCGCAAUGGUUAUCACGGGGACCUAAACGAGACGUUUUUUGUUGGAGAUGUGGAUGAGGGAGCACGGAAGCUGGUUCAGACCACGUAUGAGUGCCUGAUGCAAGCCAUCGACGCAGUGAAACCUGGUGUUCGAUACAGAGAAUUGGGCAACAUUAUUCAGAAGCAUGCCCAAGCAAAUGGCUUUUCAGUUGUUCGGAGCUAUUGUGGGCAUGGAAUCCAUAAGCUUUUUCAUACAGCCCCCAAUGUACCCCACUAUGCCAAAAAUAAAGCAGUUGGAGUGAUGAAGGCGGGCCACGUAUUUACAAUUGAGCCAAUGAUUUGUGAAGGUGGAUGGCAGGAUGAAACCUGGCCGGAUGGUUGGACUGCGGUGACGAGAGACGGGAAGCGGUCUGCUCAGUUCGAGCACACGCUGCUCGUCACGGACACUGGCUGUGAAAUCUUAACCCGGCGACUGGAUAGUGAGCGGCCUCACUUCAUGUCCCAGUUUUAAUUUCCCCGAGAUGGCCCAUCUCAGUAACACCUGGAUGUACUAUGCUUUUUAUUGAGAGUGCAGAAUGGAAGAGGCAGUUUUUUAUUACUUGUUUUGUUUUGACUAUAGAUAAGGAAGGACUGCAGCAUUUGACCUGUGUCCUCAAGAACUUGUCUUGGGUCUGGAAAAGCCAAGAAAAAUAAAGGAAACAUUUUCAACUCCUUUCACUGCUCCCCUGUGCCCCCUCCCCAGAUCUCUGCACCCCUGCUUUCUCGUUUGCCCUUUGAGCACUUUUACUUAAACUUGCUUCUAGUUGCUUUUAUCACUGCCACCACUGGGCCAGCGAGAGCCAGCUGCUUUCCAGUAGAUGAAUGUGGAAGGUGAGAAUCCUUGGAACUUCAGCAACAUAUGUUGCUUCGGAUUUUUUUUAUUAUAUAGGAGAUAUAUAUGUAUACCUUUUAAAUUCCAUAUAUGUAAUUACGGAACACUAUGUGCCCGGGGUUUGUGUUGAUUCUGCUCUGAUGGGGUUAUAUGCUGUCAUACGUGGACCCAUAGUGUGCAGCGAUUUAAUUCCCGCUUGGGAAUUGGCCUUCCUCCUCCCCCCUGCUAAUUAUUUACCUUGUAGUUGUGUGUAAGGAAGCACUCAGACUCUCAGUGAAUGGAUGUGGCAAAAUUCACUUUGCAAAAAGGUUAAUAGGUUUUUUUAAAAUCUAGUUUAUGGUAAAAAUAGCCAUACUCCAAAUGGUGGCCGACUGCUGCAGAGCCUGGGGUUUGUAAUACAUUGCUAGUUCAGACCUCUGGUCAAAAUGGGAGGGAAGACGUUCCCUUUUGUCCACUCUGUUUUAUUUCGAGGGCACACCUUGGAGAUGGUCAGAGAAGGGUGGAGGUUGCCCUGCAGAGGUGAUGGGAAAGCCAGUUCUGAAUCUCUCCAGCAGCGAGCAGAGGAAGUCACGUGAGAUGCUGGAUCCUAACAUGUAGUCACCCUGGUUGUGAUGAGAAGGAGGAACCUCUUUGGGGAUGGGACUGUUUCCUCGCAGAAGGGACACAGCUGUCCUUGGGGUGCUGAACACACUUCACCUUUACAUUGCUGGGAACCUCAUUAGAACCUCAGCUGCCCAGUAUCCAUGUUCCUUUCAGUAGUUCAGUCCGAUGGGAGUGUAUCCAGUGAAGGCAGAUCAGAUCAGAGUCAUUGUCAUUAAAGGGUGCUUGAAUCACUGGGUUUCAGGUGACUUUCUUGUAAGAGAACUUGAUACCACUGACAUGUUAUACUUGUACGAGAACAUCCUUCCCAGAGUGCCUCAGACCUUAUUGCUUUAAAAGAAUUAUGAUAAUGUUUUCAUUUUAUUAUUUUAAUGAUUUAGUCAAGUGAGCGAAUCUGGUGUAGACUUUCGGGGGUAUGUGUGUGAAGUUUUUUAUCAAACUGUAAUAUUUGUGAAUGGAAUGCCUUGCAAUAUGAAUGUUAAUAUAAUGUGUAAAGGGAGAUUAAAAAGUUUGAGUGACUAUCCCGCCAUGUAGUCAUUAACUUUGCUGGGAUUUCAGAAGGAAAUGGUGGGAAUAGGGUGGCUGAUUUCAUAA